CUUUCUCGAAGAAUAAAUGGAGCAAAAAGUAAGGAAGCAAUUCUAAGUCCAACAAAAAAUGGGGAUAUGUUCUCAAUAUGGAACUUUGAUGGGAGGGUUGCAUUUGAAGACAUUAUUGCAGCAACUGAAGAUUUCGACAUUCGAUAUUGCAUUGGUACUGGUGGCUAUGGUAGUGUUUACAAGGCACAAUUGCCAAAUGGCAAAGUAGUUGCCUUAAAAAAACUUCAUCGGAGGGAAUCGGAGGUACCCACUUUUGACAGGAGUUUUAGGAAUGAAGCUAAGAUGUUGACAGAAAUACGACAUAAGAAUAUUGUCAAGCUUCAUGGAGAUGAUGCUGAAGCUGUGGAAUUGGACUGGAUGAGAAGGGUGAAUGUCAUAAAAAACACAGCACAUGCUUUGUGUUACCUUCACCAUGACUGUAUCCCACCCAUCCUUCAUCGGGACAUAUCAAGCAACAACAUUCUAUUAAACUCGGAGUUAGAGGCUUUUGUUUCUGACUUUGGAAAUGCUAGGCUUUUGGAUCCUGAUUCAUCUAAUCAUACCACGCUUGCUGGCACCUAUGGUUAUAUUGCCCCAGAGCUUGCCUAUACAAUGGUUAUGACUGAGAAAUGUGAUGUUUAUAGCUUUGGGGUUAUAGCAUUGGAAGUACUAAUGGGAAGGCAUCCUAGAGAACUGUUGACAUUGUUAUCAAAACCAUAUUCUUUGCAAAAUGUGAUGCUAAGUGAUGUAUUGGACACACGUCCAUCGCCUCCAAGAAGCAGAAAUGUUAUCCAAAGUAUUGUUGUUGCUGCUAUGCUUGCAUUGGCUUGCUUGCGUGCAAAACCCAAGUCCAGACCAACAAUGAAAUAUGUGUCUCAACAAUUUGUUGCCCGCCAAAAACAGCUUUUGAAGCCUAUUUCAACUAUUUCUUUGUUGGAACUUGUAAGUUCCGAUUUGGGGAUGGAAAAUGGAAGGGAACCUCAACCGGGAAUUGUAUUAGAACUUGCAAAACUAAAUACUGAUUUGGGGAUGGAAAAUGAGAGAGAAUCUCAUUCAGAAGUUUCAUGUCAUCUAGAUGAUGAGUUCCAUGGUUCUUCCUCAAAUUAGAUUCAACCGAGUUUCCUUGUCCUUUUUUUUUUUAAAAAAUAAAUCUGUUUGUCUAUU